AUGAAGGUAUGGUUGAGUGAUCACGUAAAGAAUGAAGAUGUGAUCAUUUGGCAAGAUGAUCGAGUUUACACAUUGUUAGAAUCCAUUUGCAAGAGAUCAACAAUAGAAUCGACAUUCGGAGAAAAAGAAAAAUCACAACAGAAACAAAUUUUUAAAGAAAACAAUAAAGUUGAGAAUUCUAGUGAUAUGACAGAUUCGACUUCAACAGUUGUUGGAGAUUAUGAUGACGAUCCUGUUGAAAUAUACAAGAUGAAUGAAGUAAAGUCGUCUCUUUUUCAAUUUUCAUUAAAGAUCAUUAAUGAUAGAAUCCGCCAAGUUGAAGAUGAGGCAAGGAAAGUUUAUGAGUCGGCAAAUAAUGUUGAGGAUGUGAAGUGUCAUGAAAUUCUUCAAGUGAUCAAGCAAAAACAAGAAUUUCGAGAUGAAAUGUUUUCAUUUGUUUGCGGAAACUGA